AUGGAUAUUGGACAAUGGGGUUGUAGCCAUGAGGUGUAUGAGGGGGGCUGCGGCACUGCCAAAAAGUGGAAAAGGAGAAAGUGGGAAACCAAGAUUUCAAGUGCAAUCAUAUUGAUUCUACUACUAGCUGUUACUUCUAGAAUUUGUUUAUAUCAGUUUAUUAUGUCUUCAAGAUUAGGUAUAUUAUUUUUUUUGCUACUCUUAAUCUCAUCCUUCACUUCGGUACUGAAGAUAAAUGCUGAAGAGUUCUCAUCUGAAGAGCGUUUGAAAGAGUGUGAGAGGGAACUUAAAUCAUUAGUAAGACAUCAUGGGGACUGUUCAAGUAAAUUAGAGAGCAUGAGGAGUGAAGUUAAGCAUUUAUUUGAGUCAGCUGAGAAAUACGAAAGGAAGCUUAGCCAAUGUACAUCAAAAACUGAUGAAACUGUAAUUAUAACCUGGAGAACUAUAAAACACUACUUAUAUCACUACAGUAAACUGCUGAGAACUUUGUUUGUUAUUUGCUACCAUAAGUUACCAGUAGAAUUUCACCAACAAUUAACUCUCUUGUGCAAAUACUCCAGAAAAUACCUAAAACCAUUCACUGAUAAGUGUGGAGAAUUUUCUCCAAAGAUUAUUAAUACUCUAAGGGCUUAUGCAGGUCAUUAUGUCGUUUUUCUGGAGCCAUAUACUGAAUAUGCACACUUUUGUGGUGCAAUGCUGAAUGAAAGGAUUGACAAUCUUGUCUUAAAUAUUGAAGAUAUACAUCCUGAACUGAUAGACACAAUACCGAAAGAAUUACACGACAGAUUGUUGUAUAUUGUAUUUUCUAUUUUGGUCCUGUUCAUGGCAUGGAAAGUGAUUUAUUGCAUAUUAAGACGUGCUUUUGGAUGUUGCAGAUUUGGCUGCUGUGUAAGAUCUGGUGUUAGACCUACAAGCAAACCCUCCUCAACAAAGGCUACUCCUAGCGGUAGAAGACGAUGA